AUGAGUAACACGACUGAUAGUAUAACUCUACCAACAGAUAGUUCAGGAUGUGUUAUCUGUACUGGAAAUGUGAGCUGUCCGACAUGUGCAGAUGACGAAUAUUGUGUCAUGACGUUAUUAACAUGCACUGCAUGUCCUACUACAUAUUGUACCAAGAAGGAAUCUUCUAUAUCAGUGACGAAUGGUACAACUAAUUCCACCGUCUCUUCUGGCAACGAUUCAGGUACGAAUGGUAAAGUCGUUGGAGGUGUUGUUGGAGGUGUCAUUGGUGGUGUUGCAUUAAUAGUUAUAUUGGUGCUAUUAUUCUUAUAUAAGAGAUAUUGGGAGCCACGUUGGCGAGAAAAUAAGAGAAAAACAUUUGCGGGAGAAGAGGGUACAGAAACAAACUACGAUCAAUUUGAUAUUGAUUAUGCUGAUGAUGAUGAUGAUGAUGACGAUGAUGACGAAGAUGAUGCUGGAGAUGAGGAAGUCAAUAAAGAAGAUGCUAUGAAAUCUAGUGUACAUUCUAAUAAUAAUAUGAAUAUAUCGUCUCAAAUGAUCCCACCUACACUAAAUAUAAAAGGAAAUAGAAGUAGUACAUCGACGACUAACUCUAAAGCUUCCAAUCUUUUACCGAUUGCUUAUAUACCGGGUGUCACUAGUGCUGGCAUUACGAAACCACCUGCAUUAUUGAACAACAAUUUGAAUAUUGUUGGGGAUAAGAGAUCACACAUUACUUUAGGAUCAUCCAUUCUUGGAGAAGAUGAUGAAGAAGAGGGGAUCGUUUAUACAGAAGGUGAUGAAAUCAAAAUGAUACCCAAAGACAAUAAUAAUAUUAUGAAAAAAGAUACUGUAGAUAGGAAAACAUCCAACAAUAACCUAACGACUGCUAUUAGAGCAAGACCUAAAUUAGUACAAAUAGUAGAAGAGAACGAAGAAGAAUUAGAUUCAACUGAUGCUACUGAAACUCCAUUCAAGAAGGACAUGCACGCAGUAAAAGAUGUAAACAUAUUAAGUGAUAUAGAAAAUAAGGAAAACGAAGAAGUCGAAAAAGGAUUAUCAAGAUGA